AGCUCCAGCACGCGGACACCCAGCGCUCGGGCUCCAUCUCUACGCGAUCUAAUUAAGCUCUAAUUAAUGUCUAAUUAACGUUCUAAUUAACCGCAUUAAACGCUCGCGCGCCGACGUCAUGUCCCGCUUUGCUCGCGCGCCCCUCGCGCGCUGUCUCGUGUUCUUCGGAGUGUUUUUGCUUCGCACGUGCUUCUCCAGCGGCGACAGUGAAGAGUGUCCAGAUAAUAAGAUUCUAACAGUGGAGUAUCCGUGUACCAGAGCUGGAGGCCAGACCAGCACGUGUCUCAGGCGGAAGUGCUGUAAGGGUUUCAGGUUCGUGAUGGGUCAGUGUAUACCAGAAAGUGUAGAUGUGUGUUCUGGCUCUCCCUGUGAACAGCAGUGCACAGAUAACUUUGGCCGGGUGGUGUGUACUUGUUACCACGGAUACCGCUUUGAUCGGGAGAGACAUCGGCAGCACGUACACCCGUACUGCUUAGAUGUAGAUGAGUGUGAGGAGUCUAACGGGACGGUGUGUGAACAUUUGUGUGAAAAUACACCCGGCAGCUUCCGCUGCCACUGCAGUGCUGGAUACACACUGACUACAGACCAGCGCUCCUGUACACCUGCACACAACAUCUCUCUCGCUCACUCCGCGAGAUCUGUGGCUAAAUCUGAGAAUCAGAUGAGUUCAGGCUCCUGCUCCCUCACCUGCCAGGACAUCAUAAGCAUGAGAUCCAGUCUACAGCAGCUUAAACUUCGCGUAGGACACGCCCACUCACCUGGACAGGUGCUGUCACCUGGCUUAGCUAACAGCAGCGAAAAACCUCUUCCUGGCAGGGUAGGCAAAAAUUCUGAUGGCCAUGCCCCCGCAGGUCCUCCAGGGGCACCUGGACCCCCAGGCCUGCCAGGACAUCCAGGGCCUCCAGGGCAGAAGGGGGAACAUGGAGCCAGGGGUCAGCCAGGCCCUCAGGGGCCCAGAGGAGACAUGGGUCCAAUGGGGCCCCAGCCUGACCUGGAGCACAUAAAGCGAGGACGCAGAGGACCUGUGGGACCACCAGGAGCACAUGGACGAAAUGGCCUUAAGGGAGAGAGAGGUGCUCCUGGACCCCGGGGACCACCAGGACCUCCAGGCUCGUUCGACUUCCUGUUGCUCAUGAUGGCGGACAUCCGUCACGACAUCAUCGAGCUGCAACAGCAGGUGUUUGGGAAGAGGCGGGACUUAUCUUUGGACACACCUCCCAAUUCAUUUGAGGAGGCGGAGCUUGAGGACUGGGGAUCAGGAGAGUUGUUGCUUAAUACGUGACGUGACACGUGACUUGUCAAUCAAAAGUAAAUGGGAGGCACCCUGCAGCUAUCAAGGGCCUAAAACCUGAACUUUGUCCUGCAAUAUUGAAAACGUUGGAUAUAAAAUCAAGCAGUUGUCUCUCUGUUAUUGUAAAGAGAGCUGUACAGCAAAUUACUGCUUGGAUGGACUGCAGAGGGCACUAGAGAGACACAUAAACGUGAGAGCAAAGAGGAAACAAGACUAAUUCUGAAUCGACGAUCAACUUUCCCUGCUUCCAUAGAACAUGCAUGCUGUGCAUUCAUGUGCAUGUGCAGUCAUGUCUGUGCACUCAUAUAUAUGUCUGUUAGAGUGACGUGGGUGGUGAUAAAUAUUUGAGGAUGACUGAUUUGAGGAUGGCACCCAUUGCUGUAAAAAGUGGACCUUGUAUUUUUUAAAAGAGCUCUAAUACUA